AUGGACACUCAACAUCCGGGAAGCAAGAAGCAUAAACCAACCACUAUCGAUCUCUCGCCAUUAUUUUCUCUUUCUUCCUCCUCCAAUACGUUAUCCCUCCUCCUCUCACUUUCUCUUAAUAUUUUUUUACAUCCCUCUCUUCUGCUUACGUCUAUUUAUUCCUUUUCUAUCUUGAUUCCCCUUGUAUUUCAUAGCAUCUUUCUUACCUGUCUCCUUGUUCUUCCUUUCACCUUCUCUCUCAUUAUCUCUCCUUUUCUUUCUUUCACCUCUUCUUCUUCUUCCUUGUAUCUUUCUUUCUUCCAUUCUUUCUUUAUUUAUAUCUUUCUUUCUUUCUUUUUUAUCCCCCCUCCCUAUUUCACCCUGUCCUAUCUUCUAUUUUACAGCAACGUUCUUCCCUGUGUCUUUUCUUUCUUCCUCCAACUGUCUUUCCUUCUAUCUCACUUUUUCUUCCUUUUUUCUUUUCUUUUUUUUCUUCCUUUUCCCUCCUACCUCACUCUCUCUUGUAUUUCACUAUCCUCUCUUCUGUUUUAUCUCUUUUUUCUUUCUUUUUCCUGUUUUUUCUUUCUUUUUUUCUCCAUCCUACCCCAUUCCCUCCUAGCUUGUAUUUCACAACAACUUUCUUCCAUAAGUCUCCUUCUCUCUCUUCAUCUCACCUUCUUCUUCGCUUCUUUCUGUCUAUCUCUUCUCUUUACACUAUUUCUAUUCAAAUACCCUUGA